AUGGAGGAUGCUCCAGACCUAUGGAAGACUCUUCCAUUUCUCAAUGGUAGUCUCCUCUGUUCUCUUCCUUUUAGCGCCUAUGGUUCUGUUAAUUUCAAUCCGGAGCUUCAAACUGAUAACUUUCUUCUUGCCAGAGUCUCUGUGAAAGCCACUUCGAAUACUACAGAACUUUCUAAUAUUCAAUACGUAACUUGUGAGAAAUCUAGGGUCCUUAAGAUGUCUGUGUAUGAAGUAUUGGAAGGCUUUAAUUUUCCAAAGGGCAUUCUACCUGCAAAUGCCAAAGGAUAUGUCUUACAUCCAAAUGGUAGUUUUCAGGCUUUUCUGGAUGGAGUAUGCAAUAUGAAGGUUGAAGGGCUAGGGUACCAGAUCAGGUAUGAGAAGAAAAUCAUGGGGAAUAUUAAUGCAGGAUCAUUGAGGAAUUUAAAGGGUGUGAAGGUCAAAGUGUCAUUUCUGUGGUUGCCUGUAUCUGCAGUAAAAGUGAGCGAUGGGAAGUUGACAUUCUAUGUUGGACCCUUCUCUCUUACCUUUGAUGCUUCAAGUUUUGAUGAGAUCCCAGAAUGUGAAUAG